AUGAAUGCAGAUGCAGCCCUAUCGAUAAAACUUCACCCGCAGAAACACGCGCAUCAGACGCGGGACACCACGACACACCCGAGUUUGUCCUCCUGGCGUGUUUUUCCAGAGUUUCGUGAGGCCGAAUCAAAGGCAGUGGCCCGCCAGCACCAGGCUCGGUGCCGCUGCGGCUGCCGUCCUCACGCUCCACGUUUCACCUUUUAUCCUUCUCGGCAUCACGACUUAAUCCACUCUAAUGAGGUGAUUGCACUGCCAAAACCCAGCGGCCACGCGGCUGUCUUCUGGCACUUUGCGGGGGGGUUCCCGGAAAAGAAGAAGGGGCUUUGUCAGCCUUCCAGGGGACGGAGCAUCCUUUCUCGCAGCCGGUAUCUCCCACCCCCGCCUGGGACGGGCCAAGCUGCCCGCGGUGUGCAUCACGAGCUCCGCAGUGAGGCGGCCACGCCAGGAGAUCAGAUGUCGCCGGGCUGCGCUCACACCUGCCCCACCGCCAGCCCGGCUGCCUGGCGGCCCGUGUUCAUAAUUAGCAUCGUCUCUUCCGCCGACUUCACACUGCUCAGCCGUGUGUCUCGAGCCCUGGGAAACACCAGGCCCGUGCCCUCUUCCCCCUGCUCCGGGCCGAGGAGAGAGCCCACGGGCUGCAUGACACGCUCGGAUCGCUGGACUCGAAACCGGGGCCACCCCACCGGCCCUCGCUGA